CCUGCCGGGGAGAAGGCAGCGGCCGGAGCAGCGGCUCGCCAAGGCUCUACCCGCUCCCACGCGGGACCCGCCUGCUCCGUGGCCGGCCGGGCGGCGGCGGCGGCUGCUGCUGCCCAGUCCCGCUGCUUGGGAGAGACAAAGGGAGACGCGGAGGGAAGAGGCGGCGGCGGCGCUGGGAUCCGCUGCGAGCGCCGAGGAGCCCCCCCAGGACCUGUGAGUGGCCGGUCGCUCGCCCUGCCCCGGGAGGGGCCCCGUCCUCUGCUGGUGCGUGUCUCCGAUGGCAAGUGACUCUCUGUGACUUAAAUGAGCAUCAAAGCACCUGUAUCACCUGGGACCGAGGCCACCGGAUGAUCUUAAUGCCACAUCAAUUAAAUAAUUUUAAGGAAAAAGCAAUCUUCUUUUAUCUAGCUCCUGUCAUUCAAGUCUUACUCCCAUGCAGGAAACCUAGUCGCAGACACUGAUAUUAAUUACCUCUCAAUCUUCCUGAAUGGGGAAAGGAAAUCAUCGUGAUCAGUUUUGAUUAAAUGCUCAGUGAGAGAAAUUAGCAGUUUCCAGGCGAGUUGAAGAGUGAGAUUUGGGAUCAUUUUUAAAAGGGGGAAAAAAAAGGACAAUCCAAUUUUUCUUCUUUAAAUCACCCAGGGUAAAAUGAAGGCUCUCCCCUUGCCAGUGAAGAUAACUGAAUUGCUUUGUUUGGCCUAAACACCUGAUCCUAAAAAAAACCCUGUGAACCUGCAACAACCUGCCUCUUUGCCUUACCACAGUCACUGAGUCACGGGUUGACAGCCUGACGAAGGAACCCCAAAGGAAAGAUGGUCGCCAUCAAGAAGAAAAAUCUGAAAAUGUUUACGCUUGCCUUAUUGUUUGUCAUCACGAUAACGUCGUUCUUGCUGAAUUACACUCACAAUUCGGUGCUGGUCACCUGGGAUCCCAAGCAGAUUGUCAUGCAGUUAAAAAAACUAAUGAAAUACCCCCAGAGACCAUGCAGCUGUAAUUCAUGUGUUCCCGAGCUGGGACUUUCCUUCUGGUUCGAUGAGAGGUUUAAUCAGACUAUUCAGCCUUUCCUCACCACUCGGAACACCUUCAUUCCAGAAGAGAGCUACAAGUGGUGGCUGAAAUUGCAAGGAGAGAGCAAACCUAAAAAUAUCAACGACACUAUCAAGGAAUUGUUUGAGAUCAUUCCCGGUGACGGGGAGCAGCUGCUGGAGAGAGACGCCUCCCGGUGCAGAAGGUGUGCCGUCGUGGGGAACUCAGGGAACCUUAGGCAAUCUCAAUACGGCCAAGAUAUCGAUGCCCACGACUUUGUGCUCAGAAUGAAUCGCGCUCCAACCGCCGGGUUUGAAUCGGACGUCGGAAGCAAAACUACUCACCACUUUGUUUACCCCGAGAGCUUCCGAGACCUGGCAGAAAAUGUCAGCAUGAUUGUGAUCCCCUUCAAAACGCUGGACCUGCGCUGGAUCGUCAGCGCGCUCACCACGGGCACCAUAAACUUCACAUAUGCUCCAGUUCCCCGUAAAAUCAAAGUGAAAAGAGACAAGAUCCUGGUCUAUCACCCAGUUUUUAUCAAAUAUGUUUAUGACCACUGGCUGCAGCAUCAUGGAAGAUACCCCUCGACAGGCAUUCUGUCAGUGAUAUUUGCACUCCACCUGUGUGAUGAGGUGGAUGUGUACGGUUUUGGAGCAGACAGCAAAGGCAACUGGCAUCAUUACUGGGAAAACAACGCUGCCGGGGGGGCUUUUCGGCAAACCAAGGUCCAUGAUGGGGAUUUCGAGUCCAAUAUCACUUUGACUCUUGCCUCUAUUGACAAAAUACGUUUUUUCAAGGGCAGAUGACCCUUACCAUAGACAGUGAUUUGUGGCUGCAAUUUCCAGCAGGGGUCAGUUACUGACGUGCUUGAAGUGGCUUAUCGAAGAUGAUCUUGGGAGCUGACCACAUUUGAAUAUCAGACUCUGCAGCUGAGGACAUGUGUGUCUCACUGCUGUGACGAUCAUUGAAUGAAAGUAGCAUGCAGUAUUGGUUCCAUACUGCACUUGAUUUCCUUAUUUGAGAAUUGAGACGUUGGGGACCUAAGGAUCAGUUAUGGGGAAUAAAUGAUGUAUGGAAUCACAGGGGAUGUAUGGAAUUGUUCAAUCUUGAAAUACUGGGAGAGAUGUGCCUCUUGCUGUUAGGGUAAACUAGGGGAUCAUUUUCUAGGAAUUACUGUAUGUGUGUGUGCUUUCCUUGCAUAAGGCAGGAAUGCCCUGAAGAGGAGAGGUGAAAACAGCUUCCUGAAUGUCCCACCAACAUGGCUGGCUGUGAACACUGUAGUAAGGAUUACCUCAAAAGAACACGUUCACUUAUUCUGCUGUUGAUCUUUUCUUUAAACCAUCUCUUCUCUUCACUGUCUCAUUUCUGGUUCUGCAUUAUACUAUGGACAAAGGUGAUGUACCUGACUCGCAAGGUGUAAUGGCUACUUUUGGCAAUGUAUCAAUCCACAUUGAGAAAUUCUGGAUCAAAUCCUUCAUCUCCAGUUAACUGCAUAUUUUAAUGUAGCAUCCUACACAGCCAUAAUGAGACGAAGAAAAACAAAAUAAGUUUGAUUGAAAAUGCCAGCAAAAAUUGGCCUUUUUAGCCACUGGUUUGUUUGAGUUUCUUUAAAUAUAAUUGUAUUUUAUUUUAUUUUUGGUAGAUACUCUGAAUGCUAAUUUUUGUUGAAUCCAUUCAAGGUAGAGCAGUGGACGUUUUUUUUCUUUCAGUGGUUUACAUGUGCCUUUUAUAUUUGUGCAACAGAUAUAAUUUUUUUUAAAGGCGAAAAUCCCUAAAUUAAAAUUUUUAUAGGAAAAAAAAUUAACCAAAGCUUAGUCUCUACAUGGUAUCAUUUUGUAUUCUAAACUAAUAAUGACAUCUCCUGUAUUCUACUUGACGAGGGGAAAAAACCAAGGGUCGUUUUAAAGGUAACUUUUACCUUUUUUUUGUUUUAAAAAAAAAAAGAAAAGAGAAAAAAUCCAAAAAUUGAUAGGACAUUUUUUAUUCUAUUUUUUACAACUUAGCAGGUGAUAGCUAUUUAAAUGUAUUCAAGUGAAAGUAUCAGACACAAGGAUGGGAGCUAUAAGAGUGAAGAGAACUGCAUGGGCAUCUACCAGGGCAUAUCCUCUAUAUAUUGAUUCUACGGUAUGAUCCAGACCUCGGAAAGAUUUGUAUCUUUAGAGAACUGUAUAUAUUAACAUUAUUACUUCUAUGCAGCAAGGAGUGAAUAAGAAAUAUUGUAUUGGAGAUUUUGUCUACACAGAUUCUUCCUAAAAUCUAUUUGACCUUCAUUUCUGUUGUUCAUUGAUAUUUUAAACAUGAGUUAAAGUAUGAAAUCGGGAGGGGAGGGUGAUUUGAGGACGGUAGCACUUGCUUCAUAAUAUCAUGAAGAUGGGAUUCGAGGAAUCUAUGAACCAUAUCCAAUACCCAGGGAAGCCAGUGCCAGUCUUUCCAAUGAACUUCAGUGGGCUCUGGAGCAGAUCCUGAAAGAGCUGCUGGUUUGAUAUUUUUCUUAUUUGGUUGUUUUUUAUUUUUAUUUUUUUAUUGUGGUGACAGGAAUCUGUGGUCAUUUAAACACACACACAUACCAACUAACUAAGAAAUAGCAUGUUCAUUCAUUAGCCAAUUUGGUGGCAGUGUCUGUUUUAGUUACCACUAUGUCAGUACCAUAGGUGAAAGCCUGGCCCCACUGAAGUCAAUGGAGUUUUGCCAUUGACUUCAAUAAGGUUUAGGCUGGAUAUAGGAAAAGCUAUUUCACAAGGAGGGUGGUAAAGCACUGGAAUGGGUUACCUAGGGAG